UGAUUGGUUUAAAUUAUCAGGCUGUGGCAUUCAGACCAAUAGCUGACCCCAAUAAAUAAAGCCGGCCCAAAGUUGCGCAGAACAUGCGCAGAAUUACACAACAAACCAAGAUGGCAGCGCCCAUGAUCGGGGUUGAAGUUGGGAAGUUUGUUCACAUUAAAUCAAGAUUUAACUCUGAAAAUGAACUAGUUAGUGAAGAGCCUUAUCCAAGAAGCGGCCACUGCUGCGCGACAGAUGGCAUCAACCUAUUUGCGUUUGGAGGAUACCAUCCUGAAUAUUGCAAGAAAACGAAGCGAAAAGGUCACAUAGUUAUCAGGAGACAUGAAGUUUUCAGAGAGAUGUGGUGCUUUAAUCUUGCCAAAGAGACGUGGCAUGAGGUCAGCAUGGCGGGAGAUGUACCACAUGAAACGGCAUCAAUGUCAAUGCUGCUCAGUGGGCACACACUCCUGCUGUUCGGCGGCACCUGCUACCCUUGGGGACAAACCAGCAAUGCAGACGUCAUCUGCUUCAAUUUGAAGGAAAAGAGGUGGUCGGCCUUGACAUGCGAAGGUCAACAGCCUCCUGGAAAAUAUGGACACGCAAUGUCUCUUCAGCACAACCGCCUGUUUCUCUUUGGAGGCUGCCGGCAAGUGUCGGAAGAGGACUUCUUGUUCGAUGCGGACCUCCACUCCUUGGACCUCAGGAACCUGACCUGGUCUCUGCUGUCCAACAUGGAGGACCAGAACGACGCCGAAGCACCCUCGAGAGUUAUGUACAGACACGGCCUGGCGUGGCACGAGAAUAAACUGUACAUCAUUGGCAACAGUUGGAAAGAGCUGUACUCUAUGUCCAUAUAUCAGAGUGAGGUUCACGUGUACGACUUGGAAACUAACUCCUGGGGUAAGGAAAGAACACUACCGUGUCCCCAGAAUGGCCACCCAAACAGGAGACAGUACCAUAGUUGUGUGCAAUGGAAAAAUGUAAAUAUUGUCCUUUAUCGAUUGAUGUUUGCCUUUGAAGAAGUCUACAUUUGUGGAGGGCUCUACAACAUGGUGAUCUUUGGAGAUCUUUGGAAGCUGGAGCUACCCAGCUUACAGUGGAGUCUGUUACCAACUCAGAUGCCGGUACCAACGUUCUUUCAUUCAGCUGCAAUAACAUCUACCAAAUGCAUGUAUGUCUUUGGCGGUACGACUUCUCCGGGAGAUGGCAAACGGACCAACAACGUCUUCAGAAUAUGGCUGGCCCUGCCCCCUCUCACGGAUAUCGCCCUGAGGAAAGUGCUGUCUCUACUACCCGACCGAAGCAAGGAGAGUAUAGCUAGCCUGCAGGAUUUGGGCAUACCCAAGAAUAUCAUGGAUAGAUUGAAACAUGUUGAAUGAUUCUUAUGUCAAGGAUACUUAACAAUGUUAUUAUCUUUAGAAUUAUUCAAGUUAUAUUUUUGUAUUAUUGGGAGAGUUCUGAAAAGAUGAAACGUAAAUAUUGGGCAAGGCAGCAAGAUACAUCAAAAUAAAUUUGUUGGGUUCCACAUAUCCUUACUCAUAAAGCAAUUUGGUUUAAAUAUAAAAACCGUGCAUUUUAUUUGAUAAACUGCUAUGAAAGAACAUUAGCUUAUAUUGCUCAAGUUUUAUAUAAGAAACAAAAAGCUGCUGCAACUACUCAUCUAUCUCAAAAGCCCCCAAAUAUAUAUAUAUAUAUUAUAGUUUUUAAAAGAGGAAUUUGUGUCUCACAGUUUAACUUCAAGUUUAAUUGUAAUCUAAUCGGUCAUGAAGUGCGUUUUGAUUUGGUUACCGGUUUCAUCGGUUACAUCAUACUAAAGUGCUAACUCCUCAUUCUUACGCUCGGAGAUACUUUGAAGCCAUCCUGCGCGCAGACAUUUUGAAUUCAUGUGCGUGUUUGUAAUAUGUAAUAGAAUGACAGAAAGAAAUUACUGUCAUGAACAAUUGUGAAAUUGAUCAACCCUUUAUGAAUAAUUUAAGACGUAAUUUUUCUAGAAUCAUAAUAUGAGGGUGAUGGAAACAAAAUAAUACAAUAAUAGAUUAUUUGUAUGCAGAAGCUAUUUUAUUUACAUGUUAAUUUUAUUACAGUUAUUGCAACAGUGUCUUAAUUACGUGUAUCCCUGUGAAAUUAACCGGCGCUGCACGGGAUCCAAACAAUUACUGGAUUUUGAAAGGUUAAACAAAAUAUACAGAAUGUGCCCAAAAAAGUGCAACAUUCAGAAAACAAAUAAUUAAAACUGUUUAAUGUUUUUUUUCUUCAAUGAAAUUAUAUUUGCAUUAGGCCAAAAAAAAAGUCUUCGGUUUCUGGUAUGGAGCUUGCCUCAAAAGUGGUGCAGCAACGUGGCUAUUUUCUUUUGUUUUUUGUACUUUUUUUCCCUUCAAAUGUCAGCUAAUGACUAGCCUGCAAAUGGUGCCCGACUAAAUUUAGUGCAAAAUGUAUGGGAGC